AGAGCUGAGCGCCGUGGAGACGGUUUGAAGGUCUGACGGGUCGGAUGAGAGUAGAAAUCCGCUGGACUCUGUGCCACACCUAGACUGCAUCGGGAAAAGCUGCAACAAAAAAGGACUUUUUCAAUUCCUGAAGAGGAAUUUCCUGUGAAUUCUUAAAAGCUACAGAAUGCAAAAAGGAUCCGUUCUUGAGUGCCUUCUUGAAUUCUGCAAAAAACUGACACUUUAGUCGUCUUCUUACGUGGAACGUUGCCACCGUUUUCCAGAGGAACACAUUCCUUCAGCAAUCUGCACCUGCACUCUCCACUCUGCUGGGUUGGUCAGCGAAGGACGCCCUGUUGCAAACGUCUGAAACUGAGGUUUUCAUUGUCCAGCCCAUUUUUUUUUCUUUUCCACGACAAACGCUGACUCAGCCCAAAUGUCAGAGGGAAUCACGUUGGCAUCGCAAGCGGCCGGGAUUUAGCAGCGAGCGUAGUUCAGAUAGAAGUCAUACUGUGAUUGUGCCAAGCGAUCUGGAAUAAUGCUGUGUACGCUGUGCUGUGCUUGUCCUUCCCAGUGACAGCAGUGACAGCAUGAAUCUUGAUGCAAGCCGACUGACCGGGCCGAGUGCGUGGGUUGCUUGCUGACUAGAGCGGUUGCUAUUUGAGGUCUUUGAGGACUCGCGGUCCCAGCGAUGGGAGAGACGGCAGAGUACCAGAGGCUGCAGGAGACGGCAGAGUCAGACUACCAGAGCUUGCCCAGUGAUGAUGAAGAGAGACUGGGCAGUGGCAUGCAGUGUGAGGAAGGAACGGAAUGGCUGCUGGAGUUGCUGAUGGAGGUGCAGCUGCAGCAGUACUUCAAGAGGAUCCGAGACGACCUCAACGUCACGCGGCUCUCGCACUUCGACUACGUCAAGAAUGAAGACUUGGAGAAAAUUGGCAUGGGUCGACCUGGCCAGAGACGUCUUUGGGAGGCCGUGAAGAGGAGGAAGGCCAAGCGGAAAACCUGGAUGAGCAAGGUGUUCAGCGGGAAGCGGAUAGAGGGCGAAUUCCCCCAGCAGGGACAGCUGGCCUCUUCGUUCCGCAAACUGUCCCUCACGCCUCCCCUCUGUCUGGGCGACGGCGUGCUGGACACUCAGCUACAUGGCGGCAGCGGCAGCAGCCCACUGGACGGCCAGCAGCUGGCCCUCACCUGCCUCAUCCCAGAGAAGGACCUGACGCUGUUCGAGAAGCUCGGCGACGGCUCAUUUGGCGUCGUGAAGAGAGGGGAAUGGCUGACGCCUGGAGGGAACGUGGUGAACGUGGCGGUAAAGUGCCUUAAGACGGAUGUCCUCAGUCAGCCGGAUGCUCUGGAGGAUUUCAUCUGCGAGGUCAACGCCAUGCACUCCCUGGACCAUCAGAACCUCAUCCGUCUCUACGGCGUGGUGCUCACACAUCCCAUGAAGAUGGUGACUGAGCUGGCUCCUCUGGGUUCUCUGCUGGAUCGUCUGCGAUGCGUUCAUCCUCAGGGCCCGGUGCUGAUCCACACUCUGUGUCAGUACGCCGUUCAGGUAGCGAGCGGCAUGGCUUACCUGGAGCAGAGACGGUUCAUCCACAGGGACCUGGCAGCGAGGAAUAUCCUGCUCUCCUCAGCUAACAGAGUGAAGAUCGGGGACUUUGGCCUGAUGAGGGCGCUGCCUAACAACGAUGAGCACUAUGUGAUGCAGGAGCAUCGCAAGGUUCCCUUUGCUUGGUGUGCUCCUGAGAGCCUGAAGACGAGAACGUUCUCCCACGCUACGGACACCUGGAUGUUUGGCGUCACUCUCUGGGAGAUGUUCACGCACGGCCAGGAGCCUUGGCUGGGCCUGAACGGCAGCCAGAUUCUCCACAAGAUCGAUAAAGAAGGUGAAAGGCUUCCAAAGCCGGAGGACUGUCCCCAGGACAUCUAUAAUGUCAUGCUGCAGUGUUGGGCUCAGAAACCAGGGGAUCGACCCACUUUUGUCGCCCUGAGGGAGUUCCUGCUGGAGACCAUGCCUACCGACAUGUGCGCUCUGCAGGACUUCGAUGAGCUCGACAAACUUCACAUCAAAGUCAAUGACGUCAUCACCAUUAUAGAGGGGAGGGCGGAGAAUUACUGGUGGCGAGGGCAAAACAAGCGCACCCUGAAGGUGGGGCAGUUCCCCAGGAACGUGGUGACGUCUGUCGCGGGGCUGUCGGCGCACGACAUCAGCAGGCCUCUUAAGAACAGCUUCAUCCACACGGGUCAUGGAGACACCAACCCGCACCGCUGCUGGGGCUUCCCGGACAGGAUCGACGACCUGUACCUGGGGAACCCCAUGGAUCCUCCUGAUGUUCUGGAAGUGGACCUCAGCGCCGCUCGGCCCACACAGCUGCCGGGACGAACCAAAAAGGAGCCUCCCCCCCGGCCUCCUCAGCCAGCCGUGUUAAUCAAGAAACCAUGCUACGAUCCAGUAACUGAAGACGAGGAUUCCACCUCUGCAGUACUCAGGAGAUUAUCUCUUAGGAAAACCGGUUCGCUCAAAGGUCUGAAGCUUAAACCCGCUGCAUGGGUCUCUGCCAACAAGCAGAGUAGCCGGACCUCAAGUUCAGCCCACACCCCGAGCAGCGACGUGUCCCUCAUUGACUUCGGGGAGGAUUUCUCUCCUUCCCCCGUGGUGGAAAACCAAAAUCCAGUGCUGGCAAAGCUAGCGCUGCAAGUGGGCAACAUCCUGGACAAAACCCCGCCUCAAAGUCCGUCCAAGUGGCUGCCACGGCCCCUGCACCCCACGCCGGUGGUAGACUGGGACGCCCGGCCGUUACCGCCGCCGCCGGCCUACGAUGACGUAGCCCAAGAUGAAGACGACAUGGAGGUGAGCUCCAUCACCAGCUCAGAGCAGCAGCUGGAACACGAUCAGGCUGCUGUCCACGGCGUAGACGGAGCUCUCUCCUCAGGACAGAUGACCGAAAGCGACGGUGUCGUCUCAAAGGAUCCAGAAAGACCGGUUCUGGAGGACAACCUUUUCCUUCCAGGCAAGCACAACCAUGCUGCCUCCCCGUCCUUCUCCCAAUCCGCAGAGAUUUUCCAGGAACUUCAGCAGGAGUGCAUGAGGAAGCUCAACGUCCCGACAGGCGGGGUCGGUCAGUGGACCCAAAUCUCAGCCUCUUGUCCUACUCAGAACACCCAGGAGGAUCAGCAGCGUCUCUCCACCAAUGAGGACAAACCUCAGAUCCCCCCACGUGUUCCAAUCCCCCCUCGCCCAAUAAAACGGGGAGACUACACGUCUGCUCGCUGGUCGAGGGACCUUUCUGUUUCCCCGAUGCUGUCGGACCCCACAUACGGCAUUUCGGGCACAACCCUGGAACGACCGCCUCAGAUCCCGCCCAGAGACCCUCUGUCCCAGCCCAACUCCCGGACGCCAAGCCCCAACUGUGCAGUGGUGGGCUCCCUGCACCAGAGGAUCUGCUCCGUCAGCCCCUCCACCCACCAGGCCUCACACGCCUAUAGCUCCUACCUCUCCACCUCUCCCGGCAAACCCAUGCCGACCACACACAGCUUUGCUUCGGACCCCAAAUACGCCGCCCCCAAAGUGAUCCAAGCCCAGGAUAGGGACAACGCCAACAGAGGUCCCUGCAUCCUGCCCAUCGUCCGAGAUGGGCAGAAAGUCAGCAACACGCACUAUUACCUCCUGCCAGAGAGGCCGCCGUACCUCGACCGCUUCGAACGUUUCUUCAGAGAGGCUGAGAACCUCCCGGGCGGCGGCAGUGCUGAGGACAGGCACACACGGCACGCCAACACGGCCACUGUGAGACCCAUGGUGGUCACCGCCCAGACAGUUCAGGGACUCAUCCAGCCGGGAGAGCUGAAGGCUAACUUCUCCUGCAAUAACAACUUUGGCAUGAGCGCACAGCGGUCAGGGAUGAAGACAUCAGUUAGUCUCCCUCGCGUGUGUUCAGACGGGCUGACAGGUCCGACAGUGAAUUCUUCCUGCAGCCGGACGGAAGACGGAGGGAACUCUCUGGACAGAGUCCAAAUGGUGCAGGAGGCUGUUCACGGUGUGACUAUAGCAGAGUGUCAAGCCGCCCUCCAGAACAACAGCUGGGAUGUCCAGAAGGCUGUGCAUUACCUAAAGGUGGAGCAAUUGUUCUGCUUGGGUCUGAGGAACAGGUCCGAGUGUAUAAAGCUGCUGGAGAUGUGUGACUGGAACCUGGAGCAGGCCAGCACUCAGAUAUUAGAAGAUUAUGGAUCCAUAACAAGACAAAGAUGAUGCCCGAGGGCGGUGAGUUUUGACUGGACUCUCAUCUUCAGCCGAUCGCCGUUGACUUCAGUCGAGAACAGAAGAUGAGAAGCACAAACCGGCGAACUUCGAUAUGAACCCGUCGGUCACAAUCACAGACACUGGAAUGGAAAACAAAAGCAUCCGAGUCACUGUUUGACUUUUUCAUGUGGACGGUUCAUGUAAUUGUUGCACUUAGUUACAAAGACCUUGAAUCUGACCGUCUUGGCAGGCCGGGGAGGAAGGAACGGUCCCAGACAGAAAGACGGCACUCUGAGCUAAAACGGUUUACAGAAAGGAAAAAAAAAAAAAAAAAAGAUGGAAUAAUGUUCUCAGAACGCAGAGUCUGCACAAAACCCCAAACCACAGGCAUGCGUUUCGUUAUAGGUGAAGCUCAUCUGCUGGCAGCUGGAUCACCACUUGGUUCUGGAGAGUUAUUUAGAAGAAAAGCACAAUGAAGUGGUUAAUUGGCUGGUGGGGAACGAUUGCGGAGGAAAUAUUUCUUUCUGUUUUAAAGGAGAUGUUUGUUGAGUGUUAUGCUGCUGAAAACUUGAGAGUGUGAGGUGGAGGGAGGAAGGGAGGGAACAUGGUUACAAAUAAUGAAAAAAAAAACUUUGACUUUAUAGUUUGAAGAAGGAAGUGAGUCACAGUGCAGUGCUUCGCUCUCUGCUUAUAGAAACUAAUAAAACCUCUUGGAAAGUAA